CCCGGCGUGCUUCGCGGCGGAGGGCUCAUGGCGACGGGGCUUCGGCGGCGGCUGCUGCUGCUCGUGCUCUGGACGCUGGCGGCUCCGGCCCGGCCCGGCUCCGGGAAGGCGGGCGACGGAGGGUGGCAGCGGUGCGGGCCGGGGGUGCCGGCGGCCGUGGCGGAGGAGCAGCGCUGCACGGUGGAACGCCGGGCCGACCUCAGCUAUGCCGAGUUCGUGCAGCACUAUGCCUUCUCCAGACCCGUCGUCCUGCAGGGGCUCACAGACAACUCGAAGUUCCGCGCUCUGUGCUCCCGUCAAAGGCUGCUGGCCUCGUUUGGGGACAGCGUGGUCCGGCUGAGCACUGCCAACACAUACUCCUACCAGAAAGUGGAUCUCCCUUUCCGGGAGUAUGUGGAGCAGCUGCUGCACCCCCAGGACCCCACCUCCCUGGGCAACGACACCCUGUACUUUUUUGGGGACAACAACUUCACGGAGUGGGCAUCACUGUUUCGGCACUACUCCCCACCCCCAUUCAGGCUGCUGGGCACCACUCCUGCUUACAGCUUUGGGAUCGCAGGAGCCGGCUCCGGGGUGCCCUUCCACUGGCAUGGGCCUGGGUUCUCGGAGGUGAUCUACGGCCACAAGCGCUGGUUCCUGUACCCCCCUGAGAAGACACCAGAGUUCCACCCCAACAAGACCACGCUAGCCUGGUUCCGGGACACAUACCCAGCCCUGGAACCAUCUGCGCGGCCCCUGGAGUGCACCAUCCAGGCUGGUGAGGUGCUGUAUUUCCCUGACCGAUGGUGGCAUGCCACACUCAACCUUGACACCAGUGUCUUCAUCUCUACCUUCCUCAGCUAGCCACCAGGGGCGGCUGGAAGCCCUGGAUCGAUG